GCACUGAGGUGAAAUAUUCAGCAGGUAAAGCAUUGUCCGCCAUGGUAUCUUUUUGGGUCAAGGAAAGCUUUCUGGUUGAAUUCAUCUUCAUCAUAUAGAUAGUAAAGGCAGGUGUCUCCUUUAUAAGGUAAAAAAUAAUAAUAAAUCUGACAGAAAUGGAUUCCAGUUUCUUCCAGACUUGACUCAAACGGGUCUUGGUGCUUGGGCCAUAUCAAUUUCCUUGCAUUUUAGGAAGGAAAGGGUGUUCCAAGACGUUCAGCUGCCUGGCUGAAGUUAAGACCACCAUCUUCCCUCUCUUUCCAUGUACAAAAGUUGUCCAGACUGGCAGCUGAAUCUAAGACGGCAUCUCCCUCUACCUCAUCUGGGGCCGCAGAACAGCUGAAAUGGCACAAGGUGACUCUUGUUACACCUCCAGCUCUGACCACUAACAUAUCCCAGCUUCUUCUCUCUGCCCUCCCUCCCCACCACCGCCAUCGGAGAUAAGAUGCCUCAGUCUGCUUGAUAACGCUAGAGCCAACUGUUGUGUCUCGUUGUCAGGGCUUGGAGGCAGAGGAGGAUCCUAGGCUGCAUUCAUACUAGGUGCCGUCUUGUGUGGUGUUUUUUUCUUCUUCUUUCCGUCAGGAAAACCUGAACAAGCUCCAGAUGUCUCGGAGAUGAAUGUGCAAAUAAAUAAGGUUCCCAAAACGGCGGGUUUUAAGUGCGCUUGAGGAUGGCGUUUAAGGCAGUGCUACGAAAGUCACCGGCACUCAGAAAUGCCCUUUCCCCAAACCCUUCCUUAGGGCUGUUGUGAAAAACGAGGAGUGUACUUCGUUCCCCCUGGGAAGAAGCAGAGAGACUGGCCUCGUGUUUGCGCACCUACACGCCGGGGUUGUUGCGCGCCCCCCCCAUCGACCCGACCUGAGGCGCUGAAACGACCCCCUCCACGUCCGCCUUUACUACCCCCGUUUCCUCAGGCGGCCUUUCGCAGCGCCUGCCUCCGGUCCGCCCGGGCAGGCCGCCCCACCGCGAGAGAAGGGGGGCGCUCUCGCCUGGCGGGGGCUGGGAGGAGAUGGGCGGGCAGAGCCUGGCGCCUGCGUGUCUCUCGGUGGGGCAAGAAAGGAGCUCCUCGCCGAGCGGCCGGGCGGAAGGAAGGAAGGGCGGGCGGGAGCUGGCUUCGGGGACACGUCCGCUCGGCUCUUGGCCCGGGGCUGGCGUGUGGCAUGGCGGAGGCAUCUGUGCCGAGCUCAGAUUUGCUAAAUCCAGAUGCAGCUGACUUUAUUCCAAGGGAAAGGCAGACUUACAGUCUAAACUGGAGCAGUCAGUCCAGACUGGAAUUGGAUCGAGAUUCAAGCAGAAACGUUAUACCACCCCCUAUUCAACCUAGGCACAGUAAAUAUGAAAGUUCUUCUGCAGAUAGGCAUACGUUUUACAGUCCAGAGAGCCAACGCAGAUGUCAACCAGAUUCAUCACUUUUCAGCAGUAUGGGUAAAACUAAAGGCCGCAACUUACAGUCUCAACGAUGGCAAAGAACAAGGAGUGAUAGAACACAUGGCAAAAAUCAGAUAAAGCAAACAGCUGGUGGGACCUCAGAAGGUCCUAUAUGUUUAGAUAGCAGAUUGGUUGCAGGACGGAGGAUGAAUCCUAGAGAUUAUAGUGACAACUCUUCAGAUAGCGAAAAAGAGGCUGCUACUGCAGAUAAUAGAGGAGCGAAGCCAAAGAAGACAUAUUUGAUGCAUUCACGUGGAAGAGGGUUGAAAGAAAAGGAGAAGCAUCCACCUGAAAGGGAUAAAAGAGUAACCUCUAAAUGGAGAGACAAGACUUCCGAUAACAUGCUAGAUCUGACUCAGUCAGACUCUUCUGAAGCUUCUCUUGGAAAAGCAGUGUCUGAUGGCUUUUCAGACAAUAGCAUUGCACGAAGAAGGUACCCUUUUGCAAACAGAUAUUUUAAGGACCCUUCAUGGAAUAAAGAGACAGGCAAAAGGCAAGAUACAUCCAGGAGUAAAAAUGCCAAGCAUGUUAAGAAUGCAUCUCUUCCACAUCCUCCCAAAGAACGCAGCAGUGAGAAGAAGAAAGAAUCUGUGAUACACGAAAGAGGUUCAAACUUUGUGACUGUGGCACAGAAACAGCCAUUGUGCCAAGCAUCUACUCAUGAUGGCAGAAAGCCUCUGCUUCAAGAAGGAUAUAAAAACAGGCGCUGGAAAAAGCAAAAUGAUGCACCAAAGAGUAAGGAAACUCAUACAGGGUCUCUUAUAGAGCAGCUUACCUCAGAAAAGUAUGAAUGUAUGGUAUGUUGUGAGGUGAUCCGUGUGGUGGCCCCAGUGUGGAGCUGUCAGAAUUGCUAUCAUGUAUUUCACUUGAGCUGCAUUAAGAAGUGGGCAAGAUCUCCUGCAGCACAGACUGAAGAUGGCAACAGUGGUUGGCGAUGUCCUGCUUGUCAAAAUGUUUCCUCUCAAGUUCCUAAUAUUUAUACCUGUUUCUGUGGUAGGGUGAAAAAUCCUGAAUGGAAUAGAAAUGAAAUUCCACACAGUUGUGGAGAACUCUGUAGAAAGCGAAGAUCAGCUCAAGACUGUCCGCACUUGUGUAACAUUCUCUGUCAUCCAGGACCUUGCCCAUCAUGCCCUGCUUUCAUGACCAAAAAAUGUGAAUGUGGACGCACAAGCCAUUCUGUUCGCUGUGGGCAUUCUGCUGCAAUUCAGUGUACUAAUAUAUGUGGGAAUGUUUUGAAUUGUGGUAAACAUAAUUGUACCCAGAUAUGCCAUUCGGGAAAAUGCCAGCCAUGUGAACUGACUGUACAGCAAGUGUGCUAUUGUGGAAGCACGUCUCGAGAAGUGUUGUGUGGAACAAGUGAAGAGCAUUUCUCUUGUCUGAGAACUUGUGGCAAAAAAUUAUCCUGUGGAAUGCACACCUGUGCUCAAGUAUGCCAUCCCCAGUCAUGCCAACCCUGCCCACGGCUUCCACAAGUAGUGCAUUGUUGCCCUUGUGGACAAACGCCUCUCAGUAAAUUAUUAGAGCUGGGGUGUAGAGAGCGUCAACUUUGCACAGAUCCUAUCCCAUCAUGUGGAAGAACAUGUGGGAAACCUCUGCCUUGUAGUAGCUAUGAUGCUGUUCAUACAUGUGAAAACCUCUGCCAUGAGGGAGAAUGUGGGCAGUGUUCCCGCACAUCAAAGAUUUAUUGUAGAUGUGCCUUAAAAGCAAAGGAAGUUCCCUGUGCUUCCCUCAAAAAUCAAGUUGGUGUAUUCCUGUGUGACAAACGGUGCAACAAGAAAUUAUCAUGCGGACGACACAAAUGUAAUGAACUUUGCUGCGUGGAUAAAGAACACAAGUGCUCUUUGAUUUGUGGGCGCAAACUCAACUGUGGAAUCCAUAGAUGUGAAGAACCUUGUCACCGUGGCAACUGUCAGAAGUGUUGGCAGACCAGUUUUGAGGAAUUAACUUGUUACUGUGGUGAAUCAGUGAUUUACCCCCCAAUACCUUGUGGUACUCGACCACCAGAAUGUAAAAAACCAUGUACCAGACCUCAUGAAGAUUCAGUCAAGACCAGCAUGAAUCUGAUUCUCAGGAUGUUGUAUCAUUCCUGUCAUAGUGAAGAGAAGUGUCCACCAUGUACAUACCUCGUUCAGAAAUGGUGCAUGGGAAGGCAUGAAUUGCGGAACAAUAUUCCCUGUUACCUCACAGACAUCUCUUGUGGUCUUCCCUGUGAUCGAAUGUUAAAAUGUGGAAUGCACAAAUGUAAAAGGAUCUGCCACAAGGGGGAAUGUCUCAUAGAUGAAGAGUGCAGGCAGCCGUGUACGAUUCUUAGGCUUCACUGUAAUCAUCCAUGUAUGUCUCCUUGCCAUCCAUCUUUACCUUGCCCUACAACACCUUGUAAUGCAAAGGUUGAACUUCAGUGUGAAUGUGGAAGAAGAAAGGAAACUAUGAUUUGUUCAGAAGCAUCAAGCACAUAUCAAAGAAUAGCUGCAAUUUCUAUAGCCUCUAAGUUAACAGAUCCACAGCUUGGAGAUUCAGUAGAGAUAAGCAGAUUGAUAACCAAAAAGGAAAUGAAGCAAACCAGGCUACAGUGUGAUGAAGAAUGUUUGGCGCUUGAAAGAAACAGGCGGUUUGCCGAGGCUCUUCAUAUUGAUGACAGUUCUGACCCUUUUAAUGUUCGUACCUCUGCACCUAAGUACAGUGAUACCUUGAAAGAGGACGGGCGAAAAGAUAUAAAGUUUGUCAGUGAAAUUGAAAAAGAAAUGAAAGCCCUUAUAGAAGCAGUUAAUAAGAGCAAGCAUACAAAGAAGAGUCAUUGUUUCCCACCCAUGAACAGAGAACACCGUCGAAUCAUCCAUGAGCUUGCUCAGGCUUAUGGCAUUGAGAGUGUGAGCUAUGAUAACGAACCAAAGCGCAAUGUUGUUAUCAGUGCGGUGAAAGGGAAAUCAGUUUGCCCAACAGUUACUCUGACAUCACUGCUUACCAAGGAGAGGCAGACUAGACCCCCGCCACCUAUUCCUCAUCACAAACAAUCAGAGAAGCAUGGGAGUAGCAGCUCAGAGAGAGGAUUCAAAGAGGAGCCAGUAAUUGACUACUUUGAUGUACAGGAUUGAAGAGAUGAACCUGAAAUUACACUAUUGAAAAGUGAAUGUGAAGCUGUUGGUGUAUUUAGGAUAACUUUUGUCAACCAAUUAUGUUUAGAAUUCAUAUGGACGUUAAGGAUGGAAAUAAGUUAUUCGUCACAAAAUUGUGUAAACCAGUGUGGGGUGGAUGGGUGUAUUUUUUAAAAGAGUGUGGUGAGAGCUGUAUAUGUGCAUCCGUAUCCAGCUUUUGAUGUGAAUCUUUGUGUAGUUCAUAACUACAAAAAAUUAACAAAUGGCAUCUAAUCCGUUACACUAUAUAAAAUAAACGGAUUCCUUCUCAUCAGGGUCAUAUAUUUGUCUUAGUGCAAAAUUAGAUUUAUAAAAUAGCCUUAUUCAGUUGAUCCACUCAUAUGAUUGUAGUUACCUUAAGGGAAGAAUGGGACUGCACUCACAGGCUCUACCCCAUCUCUCUUCUAACCUACAGUAUUCACUGAUUUCUGAAAGAAGAGCCUGCUGCCCCUCCCAGAAUGAUUUAGGACACUAAUCUUCUCUGUCAAGUAGCCUCUCCAUUUCACAUUGCACCCACACGUGGGGGAGGAAGGACUGGGGAAGACAAUGUCAUUAAAAUAUUUUGUUAAAGGAAAUGUAUAAUUCAGUAUUGGGGAAGUGUGAACAGAUUGUCUUGGAGUUUAACAAAAUGGUCAAAAUAAUUAAGAGCUAACAAGAGGGAAUCCACAGUAUAUUUGACCUUGUCAGCAGUAGACCUAGUGAGUCACUGUUUCUAAACUUCAUUUGCCUAUUCCAUCAGUCCUUAUUACUAAAGCUAUAUAUUGACAAGCGGUUACUCCCUUACUAUUCACUUAAGAUGGCUUGUAGAGCUAUGCUUGGCUUUUAGUGGCAUAAACAUAAACUGCAUUUACCUCUUAAUGCAGGAAGAAAUUGUGUUGAACAGCCAUUGAAUAUACCUGUUGAAUUUGGAAUUAAAUAAAAAGGCUUCUCCUUUUUUCACUAACAGUAUUUCUGUUUUUGGGGGGCCUGUUUAUUUUCUUAAUACCUUUCCUGCUGUAAGAUGCAGAUAUAUACCAUCCUGCUUCAUAUUUUCUUUGUGGGCAGAUUCUGAUGCUAAAAUUCUAAAUUUAAAGAGUGCCAGUGUUGAUACUCGUUGGUGCAGAUAUCAGGUGGAAUGGUGUUGUAUUAUGGCAUUCCUUAGUGAACAAUAUUUUUGUUGGCUCCCAGACUUUCCUUCAAUUGUAUAAGGUAGCAUUUUAUCAGUGUGCAGGAUAAAUCUUGAAUCAACCUGUAUGUAUGUUUAGCUUGUGAAUACAUGCACAUGUAAAUUCUUUGUGCAUUGUGGCUUGGAAAAUGGGUGAUGACCUGGAAUAAGCUUCCAUAUGGCCAGAUGUUUGAACAUGAGAAGGGGCGAAAUCAGUACUGGUAGUAUUUUUAAGGUGCUAUACAUAGAGACAUGGGGCUAAAUAAAGUGGCAUAUAUUAUAUUUACACCUAUUGUUCUGCACUUUGAUAAUUAGUUUACUUACUGUGAAUGUAUUCACAAACUAUGACAGACUAGCCUCCUUCUGGACACAUGUCAUUGAAGAAAAGAUGGCAUUUCAUUUCAUAGGGCAAGGAUGGAUGAUUAUUUGGUAUGAUUCACCAAAAUGCCUACAAAUUGAGCCCAAUUGUGCCUUUUCCAAACACCCCAAAGGAAGAUCCUAUUUCCUUUUUCAUACAUGUAAUAAAGCUAUGCCAGUUUUGCCCAGUCCAAGAGACAGAUCUUGCAUGGUAGAGUCUUUGCACACCCAAAACAGUUCUGAUGGCCUUUCUUGACAAACAUUGCAGCUUUUAUCCAAUGCAUAUAGUUGCUCAUCAACAAACACCGUUGGCACAGUUUGUGGGCUUAUGUAUAGAGGAGACUGCUACCUACAAAUAAGCCAACAAAUAUGUUAAUAUAGAAUGGAUCAGUCAGAGUUUGUGUGGAUAUAGAGCCCUCUGCUCAUUCCAUCAAGCACAGUUUAGAGGCAAUUUUCUAUUCAUGUCUGUCAAGGAUUUUCACAUCUGCAUAAACAAAAUAGAUGCUACUGGAGGUGGUUCUCACUAGGAACAACUUCUUGUGUAUGAGUUCUUUGGGUCAGGGUCCAUGUGUGCAGAGAGAUUUACUUGUUUUCAGUAUUUUACAAUUUUUAUGUACUGCAUUGUGGUUUUAAUGUGAUUGGUCCUGCUGUUGCUUGGUGGAAAUACUAUGUAAAUAUUAGGGACUGACCUGGUAUUUCCCUUUGCUGGUUUAAUAAAUUUGAUAUGGCUUCUGUGGAACUGAGCUCUCAGCCAUUGUUUUGAAAUUACAAUUUUCAUUUAUUCCGUUCUCACCUGGUUUUGCAUUAUUGGACAACUGAACUGACAGGAAGAAACUUGUUCAGAAGCUUGUUUAGAGCAAUUCUUAAAAACUAUUCUCUUACAAUUAUGAAAGGGGCAGUUAGGUUUAUAUAAGCAAAUUCUGCUGCAGGUAGAAUUUCAAGACUGAGGCUUAUUAGUAUCUGCGAAUAUUCAAAACAGCUUGAAUUACUCUGCUCUAUGUGCAUCAUUUGUGUGUAAUCUGAAAUUGUGAAAAUUGCUAUGGAGACCAUUGUGCCAUUUCUCAUGAUGUACUUCACGAUGAAGUGAAAAAUAUUGAUUUAUGAUAGUUUUUUUUAAAAAUCAAGUUAUUUGUUGAAUCUUUAUAUACACAAACACACACAACCUGCCUGCUUUCAAGUUCAAUGGUGUAAUAAAUGAUUGAAUUUAUAAAUCUGUAAUAUAUAUCUGUAAUAAAGUUGAAAAGCUCAGACGAAUGUUCUCUGGAUUUUCUUAACUUUUUUGUAAUAGGCUGAUGUCAUGCUAAAAGUUAAUGCAAUGAUUUGGGAGUUUUUAUGACUGUCACAAUGAAGUGAAAGCUGUUCUGCCUUGAAUAAAAUAUAUCAAAGUA